UUCAAUUACAGAACUUAGAAAGAGCAGGUGUUUAGAUGAUUAUGCUACCCUGUAAUAAAAAUAAAACGCAUGCUAUUAAUGUAUUUUGACUGGAUGAUUUGUUUUAUAGAUAUAAGAGAUGAAAUAAAGAGGAUACUUUUAUACAUCGUCAACUUUUUAUUGCUGAGACCUCUCAGUUUUGGUAACCCUGAUGAAGAAGGAAAUUCAGAUGGAAGUACGUCCUCGACAGUCUCCAUCGCCUGUGGUUUUGCAAUUAUACUUAUCAUGAUUGUAUAUUCGUUAGUUGCAGUGGAGAACUCUACCGUCUCUUCUUUACGAGAAACUCUAGCACCAGCAGUGGUUGCGGGAACAGUUGCUUUAGCCCUCGUUUUGAUCCUCUUCGUCGUCUGUCGGUCAAAUAAUGCCUUAAGACGUCGGCAACAAUUAAAAAACAAAUGCGUCGAACUAGAGAUCAAGUUUUUGUGGUUUGUUGGGUUAGGGGUGCUUUUGUUCUCCGGAAAAAAUUUGGCCAUUAAAUUUGAGUGCAUAAAAGAAAGUUCAGUCCUUAAUGAGAUUGCAAGCAUAAUGUCAUCACUUCUGAAGAUAGUGUUCAUGUUGACCCAAUUGAGUCUGAUUACGUAUUUAAGAAAUUCUCAACUUCUUGGUGGAUUGUUAGUCAAUUACUUAACUGGAGGAUUGCUUUUAGCAAACACUAGUGUAUGGAUCUUUUUCAUAGCGAGGGAAAUAAGUUAUAUUUAUACUUUUCGGAAUGAUACAUCACCAGAAUCCAAUUCAUCAACAUGGGAAGAUUGCUUCUGGCAUUCAGAAACGCAAAAAACAUUCCAAAAAUUUAAUUCGUUUUUUCUCAGUGUUAGCAUGCUGUUCUUUUUGUUAUCAUCAAUGUUUCUUGUUCGUCUGUGGCCCUCAAUACAGACUACAUCACAAAUAAGAAACCGCUACACAGUCAAUGAAGAAGACGAAUUGUCAACUGAAAGUAUUCCACAACAAGAGAACACAAGUUGUCGAGGUAACCAAAUCCGUAGGAUAGUUCGAAUUGUAUCCUUUACCGUCGGGCUUCUGAUGGGAUGUCCGUUCUUUACAAUGGCUCUUCUAAUGAGAUACGUGCCUGAUGAUGUCGGUACCGUUAAAGUUUACUGGAAUAUGUUGAGUAUUUUUUGCCUCAUUGUUAUGAUACUCAUCAUCCUUGCUGGAAUCCAAAACUUGAAUUUAGGUUGUAUCGAAAGAAUCCCUUUUGACACAUGGGACGUAGUUUUCAUGUUUGGAAUGGCGGGGUAUGUUGUUAUAUUCAUAAUUGGAGGUGCUUCGGUCUUCGUUUGUCAAGUGGAGGGAUCAAGUACAAUUUUCACCAAAAACGCCUUAGGGUUAAUCGUGACAUAUUAUCACUCUGUCUAUAUUAUAGUUGCUCGACGCACGCCACAGUCCGAGUUUAGAGAAUCGACAACAAACCUCUCCAUUCACAUUAUUCUGUUUUGUUUAUUUCUUGGACGUUGGACUCUGCAAACCUUCCUCCUUAGUUUUAAUGGAAUAUACAUACUGAAGGAAGGCGAAGAUUGUUUGUUUCGCUCCCAAGAAUAUUGGCGCAUGACGCAGUAUUUCCUCAUACCUUUGAAUGCGUUUUACGAUUUCCAAUCAUUUGUAUUUUAUUAUGGUAAAAUAUGGUAA